UUUAUAUUCCUGGAGCAUUACAGGUUCUGCAAUAUCCCUUCGUGCACAGAAUUAGUACGAUAGGGCGAACUCAGUCUGCAUCAGAAAUAUUUCAAGUGUUUUACAAUAUAUGUGUAAUGCGCGCAACUUCCGGUCAAUUAAUAAUUUAACUAAAAGUAGUUUUGUUAUAUCUCUAGAUCCCACCUGUCGCAGUUACUUCUACCGUUGAUUUUUGAAAUGUUUGAACUUGCCACGAAAAUGCGUAACUAUCCGACAGUAUUAUUCAUAAUUUUCGAAAUAUUACUGGACAUCGAAAGGGUUUCGGCCCAGUCCUUUCCUGUUUUCUCCCAAAGUUCCUAUAGCUUCACAGUCGGCAACUGCGGUGCCGGUACAUAUGUUGGUCAAGUUUCCGCCAGCGGCGCCACUUCUUACUCGACCGAUAAUUCAUUCGUGAUCAGCAUCAACCCUUCCUCCGGCGCCUUAUCCCUCGGCGCCACCAUCGCCUCCACGACGACCUUUAAUGUUAUCGCGCGUAACCAGUACGGCUCCACGCAAGCGUCGGUGACCGUGUAUGCCAACUGCGGUGGCAGCGUCGGUAAUACGAACAUCGUAGCCGCCGCCCCGGCGGUCAGCUCGGCCACUCUGGUCAGUCCGGUGGUGGCCGUGAACAACGCGUAUACAUACGGUUUCCAACCCGGCGCCGUUGCCGUGGACUACAACAACCCGGUGGUCGUGGCCACUGAUAAUUUCUUUCCCUAUUAUAACACCGGCUACGGUGGAUGGAAUGCGAAUAUUUAUCGUAACGGGAACGGACGAUGCAUCGGUAACUCGUGUUACUACGGCGGUCCAGGCGGUAACUGGGGAUCGGCAUGGGCGGGCGGGUAUGGGUUGCGGGAUGUGUAUGUCAAUGGGGGUUACGGCGGGAUCUACAACUAUGGCGGAUAUGGUCUCACCGUGCAGUGCUUCAAUGGUUAUUGCUAUAACAAUGCUGGUCGAUGAGGGACCGCUGUAUAGGUAUUAAUUUUGGUCAAUUAUAACUAUUUACUAUAAUAUUUAGUCAAUAUAUUGUGUAACAAAUUAUAUUUCUUGAGAAGUUGAGAGAACACUGUAUUUGCAGUACUUCUUGCAACUAUGACAUGUUGUGCAAAUGCUCGAUGUCUGUAAAGGUAUCCGACCGCGUGUAACAAAAUAUCAAUUUAUAUCCGUACAUGC